UUGAUAACCUCUUUGAUGACAUUUUUAUUAUUAUAAAAAUUCGAAUUAAUUUUUUCUUCACUCACUUUUUCUGUUCGACAAAAUAUAUAAUUUUUACAUCAGCAAAUUUUAUUGUGACAAUCUGCCCUUGGCCAAAAUCAACAUCAACGACGACGACAAAGGCAUACGAUUUUUUCUUUUUUUUUUGCUGUAUUCUUUUCAUCAUAUUUUUUUUCGGUUGUUGUUGUCGUUGAUUACCGGCCAGCGAUAUAUUAUCAUCAUAAAGAUAAAUAUUGUUGUAUAAUAAACGUAUAUACUCAAAUAAAUCCACUAAUUACAAAUCAAUAUAUAGCCAUUUUUUAAAAGAAAACGAAAAAUGUCGAAAAAAAAUUAUGAUCUUUUAUUUAAAUUAUUAUUGAUUGGUGAUUCGGGUGUAGGAAAAACUUGUAUUCUAUUUCGUUUUAGUGAUGAUGCAUUUCAAACAACAUUUAUUUCAACGAUAGGAAUCGAUUUUAAAAUCAAAACAAUCGAUUUAAAAGGAAAAAGAAUAAAAUUACAAAUAUGGGAUACGGCUGGUCAAGAAAGAUUUCAUACUAUUACAACUAGUUAUUAUCGUGGUGCUAUGGGUAUAAUGUUAGUAUAUGAUAUAACUAAUGCUAAAAGCUUUGAUAAUAUAGCCAAAUGGCUUCGUAAUAUUGAUGAACAUGCAAGCGAAGAUGUAGAAAAAAUGAUUUUAGGAAAUAAAUGCGAUAUGACCGAUAAAAGAAUUGUAAGUCGUGAACGUGGUGAAGCAAUUGCCCGUGAACAUGGUAUAAGAUUUUUGGAAACAAGCGCCAAAGCUAAUAUUAAUAUUGAUCGUGCAUUUUUAGAUUUAGCUGAAGCAAUUCUUAAUAAGCAAACUGUUGGACAGAUUUUGAUUGAUAAACAAGAUAAGAUAAACAUUUCCAAACCAGAAUCUAAGUCAUCUGUUGGAAAAUGUUGUAGUUUUUGAAGCAAAACCGAAAAAACCCAUGUCUUCGAUGUCUUCUGUUUUCUUUUUUUCGAAUUGAA